GCGGGUGUGCGGAAUUUCGGUCUUUCGACCUGGCCAAUGUAACAAGUUAUCAAGCCAAAGGCACUGCGAUAUUCGCAAAAGAAAAAUCGCCUGAACUUUGACCGCCAACUAUCAGCAUUCACUGUAUUCGAUUCCCUUGUUAUGCGUUCUUUUUUGUUAAUUUUUUGUUUUUGUUUCGAGUGAAACUAGAUCAACUGCACGGCAGAAAUAAAAAACCAUUUAGCUGAAAUAGCAAAAAGCAGGCAGCCACUCACACAGACUGGCGAAAAUAUGUGAAUAAAAUCGGAAUCAGCUCGACAAUGGCGAUCGCGAAACAAGCGGGCAGACGAGAAUUUCGACAUCGCCGCGACGCUUUUCAAGUUUUCUUAUUUCCCAAAUAUGAGUGUCUGAAAAAAAAGUCAGCAACAGUGAUGGUGAACGCAAUAUAGAAUCAAAUCAAGUGAACGAAAAGUAAGCAAAUAAACGAUGAGUUUUUUUUGUGUUGGUGUUGUUGUGUUGUGACGAGGAGAGUACGACAUUUCGAUGAUAGUCGCAUUGCAAUAUAAAGUGCAAUAUAAAUGCUAUAGAACCGAUUGUGAACGAGGAGCCAUUUAGAUGUGAAAUGUGAAAAUCGCAAAGAAAUCGACAGAAAACGCACACGUCAAUGUAACCACAAAGCUGCCCCAAGAAAAAGAAAAGUAACAUACAUAUAUAUAAAAAAAAAAGAAUUAAAAAAUAAACUAACAAACUGAAAGCGCAAAAUUAAAAAAAAAAAAACAAAUCUCGAACUUUGUUCGAAAGCCAAAGUAUCUAACAAAAUAAUAUUUGUACAUAAUACACCAUCGAAUAGUACGGAUAGCAUAUAUAUAUACAGAUGUGCUGGCAGAACUAAAAGCAGGAGGACUCAAGGAAAAGCCAAAGCGAUUUUCCCGCACAUUUCCACUCGAAAGCGACUCCAGUAAAUUCUCAAAAUUGCGACCCACGCUUUUCCCAGUUCGGCGGCGUUGAACCACACUCAAAGCUGCUGCACCACCGCCAUUUCCGCUGCCAUUUCCACCAGCACCACCAUAAAUAGUAGCAGAAACACCGCUCACAGAAUGCCAGUGAAAAAGCAAGAAGCUCAUCGGGCUCUCGAGCUGCUCGAGGACUACCACGCAAGACUUUCUGAGCCGCAGGAUCGGGCGCUGCGUAUUGCAAUCGAACGCGUUAUACGCAUAUUUAAAUCUCGCUUGUUUCAAGCGCUGUUAGAUAUACAAGAAUUCUAUGAAUUGACAUUAUUGGAUGACUCGAAGAGCAUACAACAAAAGACAGCGGAGACCUUGCAAAUUGCAACCAAAUGGGAAAAGGAUGGCCAGGCAGUCAAAAUAGCCGAUUUUAUCAAAUCUUCAAACCUCAAUCGCAAUUGCGCCUAUGAGUUUAACAACGACGCCUCAUCCAAUCAAACCAACCAAUCAGCACUCAAUCAGAAUCAGAUCGCGAAUAAUGUGAGUGCCCAAGCGCAGGCCGAGGCCCUCAGCAGAACAUUUAAGAGUGAAUUGGAAGAGAUCUUGAAUCAGCGCAUGCGCAUCGAAUCGGACACGGAAAAUGCCAAGGAGCCAAUUGCCGAGCAGCAGCAAAAGCAGCAGCAGGCGCAGCAGCGCAGUUCCCGCUCCCCGCAGCAGCAGAAUCCGCAGCAGCAGGGAUCCAAAUCCAGGAGCGGGUCCCAGACUCUCCAUAAGGCAUCGUCCACAAAGGUGAAUGGCGAUGAUAGCUGGUUAUACGAGGACAUUCAGCUGGAGCGCGGCAACUCUGGAUUGGGCUUCUCCAUUGCCGGCGGUACGGAUAAUCCGCACAUCGGCACCGACACCUCCAUCUACAUCACCAAGCUCAUUUCCGGCGGAGCAGCUGCCGCCGAUGGACGGCUGAGCAUCAACGACAUCAUCGUAUCGGUGAACGAUGUGUCCGUGGUGGAUGUGCCACAUGCCUCCGCCGUGGAUGCCCUCAAGAAGGCGGGCAAUGUUGUUAAGCUGCAUGUGAAGCGAAAACGUGGAACGGCCACCACCCCGGCAGCGGGAUCGUCGGCAGGAGAUGCCCGGGAUAGUGCGGCCAGCGGACCGAAGGUCAUCGAAAUCGAUCUGGUCAAGGGCGGCAAGGGGCUGGGCUUCUCCAUUGCCGGCGGCAUUGGUAACCAGCACAUCCCCGGCGACAAUGGCAUCUAUGUGACCAAGUUGAUGGACGGCGGAGCAGCGCAGGUGGACGGACGUCUGUCCAUCGGAGAUAAGCUGAUUGCAGUGCGCACCAACGGAAGCGAGAAGAACCUGGAGAACGUAACGCACGAACUGGCGGUGGCCACGUUGAAGUCGAUCACCGACAAGGUGACGCUGAUCAUUGGAAAGACACAGCACCUGACCACCAGUGCGUCCGGCGGCGGAGGAGGAGGCCUUUCAUCCGGACAACAAUUGUCGCAGUCCCAAUCGCAGUUGGCCACCAGCCAGAGUCAGAGUCAGGUGCAUCAGCAGCAGCAUGCGACGCCGAUGGUCAAUUCGCAGUCGACAGGUGCGCUAAAUAGUAUGGGACAGACGGUUGUCGAUUCACCACAAGCAGCCGCAGCAGCAGCAGCAAAUGCAUCUGCAUCUGCAUCAGUCAUUGCAAGCAACAACACAAUCAGCAACACCACAGUCACCACAGUCACGGCCACGGCCACAGCCAGCAACAGUAGCAGCAAGUUGCCGCCGUCGCUUGGCGCUAUCAGCAGCAUUAGCAUUAGCAAUAGCAAUAGCAAUAGCAAUAGCAACAGCAAUAAUAUCAACAACAUUAAUAGCAUCAACAACAACAACAGUAGCAGCAGCAGCAGCACGACGGCAACUGUUGCAGCAGCAACACCAACAGCAGCAGCAGCAGCAGCAUCAUCUCCACUCGCCAACUCCUUCUAUAACAAUGCUUCCAUGCCCGCCCUGCCUGUCGAAUCCAAUCAAACAAACAACCGAUCCCAAUCACCCCAGCCGCGCCAGCCCGGCUCGCGAUACGCCUCUACAAAUGUCCUAGCCGCCGUUCCACCAGGAACUCCACGCGCAGUCAGCACCGAGGAUAUAACCAGAGAACCGCGCACCAUCACCAUCCAGAAGGGACCGCAGGGCCUGGGCUUCAACAUUGUUGGCGGCGAGGAUGGCCAGGGUAUCUAUGUGUCCUUCAUCCUGGCCGGCGGUCCAGCGGAUCUCGGCUCGGAGCUGAAGCGUGGCGACCAGCUGCUCAGCGUGAACAAUGUCAACCUCACGCACGCCACCCACGAAGAGGCAGCCCAGGCGCUCAAGACUUCUGGCGGUGUGGUGACCCUGUUGGCGCAGUACCGCCCAGAGGAGUACAACCGUUUUGAGGCACGCAUCCAAGAGUUGAAACAACAGGCUGCCCUCGGUGCCGGCGGAUCGGGAACGCUGCUACGCACCACGCAGAAGCGAUCGCUAUAUGUGCGCGCCCUGUUCGACUACGAUCCGAAUCGGGAUGAUGGAUUGCCCUCGCGAGGAUUGCCCUUCAAGCACGGCGAUAUCCUGCACGUCACCAAUGCCUCCGACGACGAAUGGUGGCAGGCACGACGAGUUCUCGGCGACAACGAGGACGAACAAAUCGGUAUUGUACCAUCGAAAAGGCGUUGGGAGCGCAAAAUGCGAGCUAGGGACCGCAGCGUUAAGUUCCAGGGACAUGCGGCAGCUAAUAAUAAUCUGGAUAAGCAAUCGACAUUGGAUCGAAAGAAAAAGAAUUUCACAUUCUCGCGCAAAUUUCCGUUUAUGAAGAGUCGCGAUGAGAAGAAUGAAGAUGGCAGCGACCAAGAGCCCAAUGGAGUUGUGAGCAGCACCAGCGAGAUUGACAUCAAUAAUGUCAACAACAACCAGUCGAAUGAACCGCAACCCUUUAUGCUUUGCUACACACAAGACGAUGCCAAUGCUGAAGGAGGCGAGAUUAUCUACAGGGUGGAGUUACCCGAUAUGGAGCAGAUAACUCUGAUCUACUUGGAGAAUAAUGAUGCUGACUAUCCUUCCGAGGAGAACGUGUUGUCCUACGAGGCCGUACAGCGUUUGUCCAUCAACUACACGCGUCCGGUGAUUAUACUGGGACCUCUGAAGGAUCGCAUCAACGAUGACCUUAUAUCAGAGUAUCCCGACAAGUUCGGCUCCUGUGUGCCACACACCACCCGACCCAAGCGGGAGUACGAGGUGGAUGGUAGGGACUACCACUUUGUAUCGUCUCGCGAGCAAAUGGAGCGGGAUAUCCAGAACCAUCUGUUCAUCGAGGCGGGACAGUAUAACGACAAUCUGUAUGGCACAUCGGUGGCCAGCGUGCGCGAAGUGGCAGAGAAGGGCAAGCACUGCAUCCUGGACGUGUCCGGGAACGCCAUCAAGCGACUCCAAGUGGCCCAGCUGUAUCCCGUCGCCGUGUUCAUCAAGCCCAAGUCGGUGGAUUCAGUGAUGGAAAUGAAUCGUCGCAUGACGGAGGAGCAGGCCAAGAAGACUUACGAGCGGGCGAUUAAAAUGGAGCAGGAAUUCGGCGAAUACUUUACGGGCGUUGUCCAGGGCGAUACCAUCGAGGAGAUCUACAGCAAAGUGAAAUCGAUGAUUUGGUCCCAAUCGGGACCAACCAUUUGGGUACCUUCCAAGGAAUCUCUAUGACCAACAGCCACCACAACUUGGACACUGCCGCCUCGAGUUCGAUGUCGACCGGUCUCGAGAACAACAAUAGGAGCAACAGCAGCAGCAACAAAUCAGCAGCCGCAGCAGAAGACGCCGCACUGAUGAUGCAUCACAGUAACAACAGAUACUAAUACAACUACAACAACAAGAACAACAACAGCAACAGCAACCACAGCAGCAGCCACACCGACAACAACACUGACAACGACAGGAAACGAAAAUGAAAACGGAUACGGAAACGUAACCACGGACCUGAACUAACCAACUUGACCACAGACAGAACAAAUUUAUAACGACGCAGCCGCAGCAG